CCCCUGAAAACUCAUUCAUCAUCACGCGCUGUGUUCUGGUCGAGCUAGCCGUCGGUUUUACGCGCUAACCGGCGACAUGUUAUACGAACCGAGGAGUCGGUCGUAACGUCACCCUUAUAACUGUAACCAUAACUAUUUAGUCGUAAAAGCAGCUGCUGUAUCUUUAUCUAACUUAAGCGACACUUUCCUGUGUGGUGUGCUGGGAACUACCGUCUCGUGUUAUGGGAGAAACACGGAGGUCAGACGAGCUUUGGGCUGUCAGCGAUAAUGUCCGAGUAACACAAGCCUGCUGCCAGUCUGACAGCUGUCUGAUGAUAUUGUAACACUGAUCAACUGAAAAUUGAAUCAUGCCUGGGAAACUGAAGGCCAAAAUAGUGGCAGGGCGCCACUUGCCUGUGAUGGACAGAGCCAGUGACCUUACAGAUGCUUUUGUAGAGGUCAAGUUUGGAAACACAACCUUCAAAACCGAUGUCUGUCCCAAAUCCCUGAAUCCACAGUGGAACUCAGAGUGGUUCAAAUUUGAAGUUGACGAUGAGGACUUACAAGAUGAGCCAUUGCAGAUCACAGUGUUGGACCAUGACACUUACAGUGCUAAUGAUGCUAUAGGGAAAGUUUAUAUUGACAUUGACCCAUUGCUAUGCCAUGAGGCUGCCUCUGUCAUCUCUGGCUGGUUUCCCAUCUAUGAUACUAUCCAUGGGAUCAGAGGGGAGAUCAAUGUCCUUGUCAAAGUGGAGCUCUUCAAUGAUUUGAAUCGCUUCAGACAGUCCUCCUGUGGCGUCAAAUUCUUUUGCACCACAUCCAUUCCACGGUGCUAUCGGGCAGCGAUGGUGCACGGGUUCGUGGAGGAACUUGUGGUGAAUGAAGAUCCAGAGUACCAGUGGAUUGACCGUAUUAGAACUCCUCGGGCCUCCAAUGAAGCCCGUCAGAGGCUCAUCUCUCUUAUGUCUGGAGAGCUGCAGAGGAAGAUAGGGCUUAAGGUACUGGAGAUGGGUGGGAAUGCAGUGGUCGGAUACUUACAGUGUUUCGAUCUGGAAGGAGAGUCAGGCCUGGUUGUCCGGGCCAUCGGUACCGCCUGCACACUGGACAAACUCAGCUCUGGAAGUGCCCCUAAUCCCAACACACACAUUCACCCUAGCACAGCCCCUGCUUCCAAUGCCUGCAACUCCCCCUCUAAGGAUGGAAAGGAGCCGGUAUUUGGUGAGGACCUGCCCUCGUCCUCCGGCCCGCCUACCCCUUUCAGAGCCCUUCCCACCUCCUCCUCCUCUCCUCCCCCCUUCUCUCCCUCCAAGCCAUGCAGCCGCCAGUCCUCAUCAUCAGACACAGACCUCAGUUUGACGCCCAAGACGGGAAUGGGCAGUGGGGGCAGUGCCGGGAAGGAGGCGGGGCCUCUGAAGACCCUUUUGAGACAGCAGACGCAGACAGCUCUGGAGCAGAGGGAAUUCCCCUUCUUCACUUUGACGUCAUUCCCACCUGGUUUUCUGGUUCAUGUUGGCGGAGUGGUCAGCGCUCGCUCUGUUAAAUUGCUGGACCGCAUACACAACCCUGAUGAGCCAGAAACACGCGAUGCAUGGUGGGAGGAGAUUCGCCAGGAGAUCAAAUCUCAUGCCAAAGCUCUUGGUUGCCAUGCGGUUGUGGGAUACAGCGAGAGCACCAGCAUCUGUGAGGAGGUGUGUAUCCUGUCAGCAUCCGGCACAGCAGCCAUCCUGAAUCCUCGGUACAUGCGUGAAGGCUGUCUAGACAUUGGCAGCACCGACCACAGGUUUGAGGAGCCAUCUCCCCCGAGUUGUGGCUUCUGUCACAUACCGUAUGAUGAACUCAACAUGCCGUUUCCUGCGCAGCUCACUUACUGUUACCACUGCAGACGACAGAAGGUUCCUGAUGUGCUGUUCACAACAAUUGACCUGCCAUCAGAAGCAGCUGUCACUGGGAAGGGCUGCCUUAUCCAGGCCAGACUGUGUCGUCUAAAAAAGAAAGCCCAGGGAGAAGUGAAUGCGACAGCCAUCUCCAACCUGCUUCCUUUUAUGGAAUAUGAGCUCCACACGCAGCUGAUGAACAAACUGAAGCUGCGGAGCAUGAAUGCUCUGUUUGGACUACACAUACAGAUCAGUGUUGGCGAGAACAUGCUCCUCGGUCUGGCUUCUGCUACAGGAGUGUAUCUGACAGCCCUGCCGGCACCGGGGGGCAUUCAGAUUGCAGGGAAGACUCCUGGUGACUUGAGCAAUGAGCACCACAUCCUGACCAUCCAGAAAAAGAUCAACGACACCGUAGCAAAGAACAAAGAGCUCUAUCAAAUAAACCCUCCGAAAUUAUUUGCCCUGGACCCUGAAGUGUUCUGCGGCAUAAACAUGGAGCUGACAGAGGAAGCAGUGGGUUCUCCGAUCCCUGAGCCCAGACAAAGAUCCAGACUUUUUCGUUCUCACUCAGAAAGCUCUGAUGAACUGUCGGAAUUGGACCUGUCCCAUGGCAAGAAGGAUGCAUUCGUCCUGGAGAUUGAUGACACUGAUGCUGUGGAGGACAUCCACUCUCUCCUCACUGAUAACCCUCCUCCUACAGGUUUCUACAGCUGCAACACUGAGAUAAUGCCUGGGAUUUACAACUGGACUUCAGGAGUACAGAUGUUUUCAUCUGUGAGGGUCUUUAGGUUGAGUAAUGCCAAUCUUACUAAUCAAGGCUUGAACAAGAUCUUCACUGACCUGUGUGAGAAUCUGCUAAAGAGUUUUUACUUCAAGCUGCGCUCUAUGAUCCCCUGCUGUCUUUGUCAUCUCAACUUCACUGUAGCAGUGCCAGAAGAAGAGCUCAUACAGGUUGCAGUGACAGCGGUUGCCAUGACAUUCGACAAGGACCAGACUCAGGAGAAGCCAGCAGAGAAGCCCACCACCAAAGGGUCCAGUGAGACUGAAGAGCAGCUGCAGUUUCCAUUGGAGCUGUGUGCAGACUCGUCAAACACCAACGCUCAACCAUCAUCCAAAAUCUCAGGUCUCCCAGAGAGUACCAAUGUCUCAUCUAGAGCUGCCUCCGUUGAUUACGGUUCCUUUGCAGACAGAUGCAGCACCUGGCUAGAGCUGCUUAGGCUGAAAGCUCACACCAUAAGACGGGGAUCAGUUAAGACAAGUAGGAGGACACAGUCUCUAGCACACUCUGUAUCAUCUUUGGAUCGCAGCAGCCCGCUGCCUGAGGGACGUUCCCGCUCGCUGCGCUCCAACCGCUCAUUUGGAGGAACCUCAGUCACUGUGGUAAAGAUGACGCCACUCUCCUUCCUCCCUGGGCUCCGCAUCAUUAAAUACCUUGGGAUCAUCAACAUGUUCUUCAUCAGAGAGACAACAUCUUUACGGGAGGAAGGUGGUGUUAGUGGCUUCCUCCAUUCAUUCAUAGCAGAGGUCUUUGCAAUGGUUCGAGCCCAUGUAGCAGCCCUUGGUGGCAAUGCAGUAGUGUCCUACAGCAUGAAGGAAUGUAUGUUGAUGGAAAAUCCAAACAAGAACCAGGCUCAGUGUCUCAUUAAUGUGAGUGGUGAUGCCGUCAUCUGUGUCAGGGAAACGGACCAGGAGCCCAUGCCCUCAGUGGCAAACAUUGGACAGAGCUGUAGUAGCGGGACUGAUGGGGCUACAUGACAGUAAAACCCAGACCCUCACUCUGUCUGCAGGACACGCAAUCUGAGGACACAGUCUCUGAGUCUAGCCGUCCAAAUAUUAGUUAUGUCUGCCUUAAAAUUUUGUGAAUUCUCCCAAUGUCUGGACACAGGUAGCAAAGAACAAGUACUCACACACUCAAACAUGCAGUCUGUAUUAACAUGGAAGUGCAGGAUGUUUUCUCUGUGUUUUUAUUUAUAUUAACAGAAUUUUUGUAGGAGAUACUGACAUGGCUCUUUUGUAAUUAGAUCACCUGAGAGUAUUUCAAGACUCAUUGGUUAAAACAAUAGCCAAAGGACCCCUCUGAAUCGAACUGUUGCCUAGGUUUUGCAGCCGUCCAUAUGGGUUUCACCUAAGGAUACAGUAUCUUGGCCAUCCCUUUGUGUGUGGGCAUAAGUGACACUUAAGGCAGCUACGACCAAUUUGUCCAUCCACAGAAAAGGGGAGUCACUGACCAAACGGCCAUGCCAAAAGGGACACCGCAAUAAACCAUCAAACAUGUUUUAAUGCAGUUGUAUUCUCCCUCAGUGUUCUUGCUCUUGUUUUGAGUAACUUGCAGAUUAAAGUCCCAUCUGUCCAUUUCAAUUUGGCCAGAUAAUCACUGUGCUGGGGAAGGCACGUAUUUAAAUUUGAACAUGCCUUGUGCUCAUCCUUAAAAUAGAAAAUUCACCCUAGAAUGGAAGUUUUUAAGCUAGAAACCAAACAGGCCAAAUUUGUGAUGCCAUUUUGUUCAUUGGUUAGUAGUGGUUAAUAGUUCAUCUGUGUCCAAUUUAAAAUGUCUAAAUUUCUUUUGCGUAUAAAUUUGAUUUUGUAUUGCUGUUGUUGAUAAUCAUACUAUUUACUGUCACACAGUAAAUAGGACAGUAUUGCUCACAAUCAUAAAUAAUCAAAUCAUCUUAAAAGUGUCAAAUAAUGAUGUUGCAGAUUAGUCUUGUUUUUAUUUCCAGGAGUGACAUGACAAGUUACAUGCAUCUCUAACAAACAGGCCAAGAUUACAGGAAUAAUAUGCACAUAUUUUUGUAGGGUGAGGAUUUUUGUUUUCUAACAGCCAUUACUGUGCAGUCAAAUGACCGUACUUUAUAAAUGUGUAAGAUUUUUUUUAUUGUUUUACAUUAAAGUGGUGAAAUGAAACGGCAUAAUUUAUAUGCCUGAUAUUCACUAACAUCUAGAGUGAGUGGGUAAAGUGGGUUGAAUGAGUGUAAAUGGAACAGACAUAAUCUUUGUUUUAAAUAUAUAGAUUAUAUAUAUAUAUACAGUACAUAUACAGUAUAUAUGUGACGUGUAUAUAUGUAUGUUGCCCUUUGGAGGGCUAACAGCAAGGGUAUUUUCAUAGAAGUCUCUGAAAUUGUUUUGACUGAAUUAAACCUUCAGUUGGGUGUAUUGAUGCAACUGUUGCUUCACUUGCAGCUUUAAGUUCAGUUUCUCUUGAUGCUUCCUGCUGUCAGUGUCACAUUUCACAUCUCUGUCAAGCUUCAUCUCUAUUGUUUUGAAAUUCGUAAUCCCGCUACUGAUCUGACAUUGAUGUCCAAUGCUGGAAAAAAAGAAAGAACAUCUCUGAUGUAGGUUCCACUUAAAAAAUAAAGGUUGUAAAUGUUCUCUAAAAACAUAUUUUUGUAACAUAAAAUGUAUGAAACCUACUGCUUGUUUCGCCUGUGCAAUGAACUCCUGAUGUUUUGACUCGGUGUCAGAGAAUUAUUGGUACUCUAUUUGUGGGAUGAGCGGUUUGUGAUCAGUUUCUGAUAUUUGUGUCGAAAACUUGAAUGUACAUACUUUGAGGCAUUUGCUUUCUGACUCGCAGCAUGCAGACCCACUUUUAUUGCCAUGAAUCUGUAUGCUCGCCUGGUAAAUCUUGCACAAUAAACUCAGUCAAACAAGA